AUGUCGACUCUCGUGUCGGCCAUUCCAGCACCUCCAAAUGCUACUCCAUCUUCUGGCGCCCCCGGCACCCAGUUGACAUCUACGACGGGCAACACUUGCCCCAACACUGCAACUAACCCUUUCAUAGUUGGUCCUAGGGGCUUCCACUACAGCAUCAAGUGUUCCACCGAUCAAUACGGGGGAGAUCUCAAGAGCUAUGAUAACUACCCCGACAUCCGCGACUGCAUCCGCCUUUGUGAUGCGGAACCUCAGUGUGUCGCCGUUACCUGGGAAUUCCUGAACGGCCGUGCCAAUGGUGGACGGUGCUAUUUGAAAUCGGUCAACGUCCCACAGACGAGCAAGGCUACUGUCGAUCUUGCCGUCUGCAUGGACUGUCCUGGGAUAAAGUGUCCGGAUAAUGAGGGACUGGUCGCGUGGUCUAACAACAAACAGUUCAAGCUUACUUGCGACAGGGAACCGUACGGCGACAAUGUGAACGAUGGCAGCACGAACCCAGUAUACAACACGGAUAUCAAUGGUUGCUUGAACGCCUGCGGUACAAAUCCAGCUUGCUUUUCCGCUUCACUGCUCGGAAGUACUUGUUACCUCAAGGUGACGACUACGAAUCCGAACUUCGUCUCCAAACCCGGUGUUUCCGCCUGGGUCAACUAUGCAGGCGCGUCGAGUUCAAUGACACCAGAGGCCCCGCUCACUGCAACAACACCGACAACGGCGACGACUCCAACUGCCACGAGUGUCACUGGCUCGAGUGCCACUACUUUGACUGGCACCUCGACUGCCACUACUUUGACGGGCACCUCGACUGCCACUACUUUGACUGGCACCUCGACUGCCACUGCCUCGAGCGUCACUACCUCAAGUGCUACUGCUUUGACUGGAACUACUUCGACAGCCACCACUCCCACCGGUCCGCCAGCCACUACGGCCACAGAUACCGCUCGCGGAUGCCCCAAAUACUAUACAGUCAAGAGUGGCGAUGGUUGUCAGGCUAUCUUGGAUUCGAAUGCAAUUACUUUCGCCCAAUUCUACUCAUUAAACCCGUCGGUUGGAAACGAUUGCCAGUUCUUGCAGAUUGGGUAUGCCUAUUGUGUGGCUGCUCCGGCCUCUUCAACCACGACAAUAGCCUCUUUGACGACCACAACGGCCUCUUCGACGACCAUAACAGGCUCUUCGACGACGACAACAGCCUCUUUGACGACUACAACGGCUUCCUCUUCGACCAUAACAGCCUCUUCGACGACCACAACGGCUUUCUCAACGAUCUCCUCCACGGGGACCUCAACAGGGACCUCCACAAGGACCUCGACAACGGUGACUACGGCAACAACUCCGACUUCAACCCCGACCAGCUCGACAACUUUCAACUGUCCUGCUGAUGAUAAUCAAUUUCGCACAGUGAAUGGCAUACAAGUUCAGAUUCUCUGUGGCCGAGAUAUUAUCGGGUAUACAGUGGAAGAUAGUGAACAGUCGCAAGACUUACAAACGUGUAUGCAAAGAUGCAUCGCAACCACUGGGUGUGUCGGAGUCACCAAGUACCAAGACUUGUGCUAUUUGAAGGAUGGUAAUGAUGAAAUCCGAGCAGUUUCAGAUCGAGACUCUGUGAUUUUGGCGAACAGCAGCGGCUCCUCCAUAACAACGGCAACUGGCACUGCCUCAAGCGUCACUGGCUCGAGUACCACUACUUUGACUGGAACUACCUCGACUGCCACUGCCUCGAGCGUCACUGGCUCGAGUACCACUACUCUGACUGGAACUACCUCGACCGCCACUGCCUCGAGCGUCACUACCUCAAGUGCUACUACUUUGACUGGAACUACCUCGACUGCCAGCCCUUCGGUAAUCUCAUACACGUGCUCUAGCAACGCUGACGUCAUCCUGCGUACAUCAAAUGGUGCCCAAUUCCAGCUCAUUUGCGGCAAAUCCAGCGGUGUUACACCCAUUUCAAGUGCACCUGGAAGUUCUUAUCAAGACUGCGCCAAUCAGUGCUCGACAGUAUCGGGGUGUCUGUCCGUCCAGUAUAGCAACAGCAUGUGUACAUUCAGAGGAACCGCUAACCUUGAACUGACCAAUGGUGAUUCCAUGGUGAGGCUGUCGGAUGCUGCAUCUCCAGCGUCCUGUACGGCAGACGAUCGAAAGGUGUUCACUGCAAAUGGUUAUUCUUUCCAGAUUCGGUGCAAUACGGCUCCCGCUGGUGCCUCUCUACGGUCAAAUUCGGCGGCUAGUUUCCGGGAAUGUGGUCAGCAGUGCGCAGCCAACAGUGACUGUAACUCGGCUGUCUUCACUGGUACGGCCUGCCAACAGUAUGCUGCAAUGACUGUCGACAGCAGCACUGGCACCAACUCCAUCGUUAAAAUCGACACUCCCCCCGCUCUCUCCUGCCCGGGUGAUCUUGGAAGGUCUAUAUUUGUGAACAGCAAGACGUUCUACCUCUGGUGUGGGUUUCAACCAGGCGGCAGUGUGAACAUUGGGAGCCUUCCAUCUGGGAACGGGGUCACCACGCCUGAUCAAUGCCUCUACUGGUGCAAUAAAAACUACCCAACUCAGUGCGACGCAUCCAUCUUUCUCCAAAGCGGGAACCCGUUCACCACCAGCCUCCACGGCUACAACAGCGACGGCUACGAGCCAAUCGAUGACAACGACCCAAUCGGCCACAACAACCGCAACCACUACCAGUUCAAGUUCGGGAUCCUCGGGAUCCUCCUCCUCAGCACCAUCCACGACGUCGUCGCCAUCAACGACUACUGCAACAACCGCGACAACAGGGACGCCCACAGGGACCUCCACAGCUUCUUCCACGGCUUCCUCAACCAGCAGUUCCUCCUUGUCCCCAAGUACUGCAACAACCGUGACAACAGGGACCUCCACAGCUUCUUCCACGGCUUCUUCCACAGCUUCCCUAACCAGCAGUUCCUCCUUAUCCCUAAGUACUGCAACAACCGCGACAACAGGGGCCCUUACAGGAACCUCUUCUUCAACAACUGGAUCCACUACAGGGGGGUCCUCGACCACAGCCUCAUCUACAGGCACUUCUACUGGAACCUCUUCUUCAACAACUGGAUCCACUACAGGCACCUCUUCCUCAACGACUGGAUCCAACACUUCUGGGACGUCCAUCGGUACGUCUACGUCAACAGGUACUUCGCUGUCCACUGGGAUCUUCACGCCGACCACCACCAGCGACACUCAAACUUCGGCUGGUACCUCGACUUCGGCUGGUACCUCGACUUCGGCUGGUACCUCGACUUCGGCUGGUACCUCGACUUCGGCUGGUACCUCGACUUCGGCUGGCACCUCGACUUCGACCACCGCAAGCACUAG